UCGUGUCAGUUUAUGCUUGAUUUACUGUUGUUGUUGUUGUUUUUUUAAAUUUCUUUGUUUGGUUCCUGAGGAAAUGAAGGAGAAGCAAAUAAUGGAAAAUGUUGAUUUAUUAUUUUUUUUAUCAUGUUUUGCAGAGUUGGGUUUUUGAAAUUUUGAGAAACCACCUUCGGUAAAUCAGAGAAUUGAUUUUAUUUAAUUAUUUAUUUUUAGGCGUAUUUAGUGCAGGUUUUCCAUUUCCUUGGCCAGGGAAAUAAUUGGGAAAGAAUUUAAGGUUCAAUUUUUUUUUUUUUUGUUCCUCUAAUUUUCUCUGAUAAUUUCUCGGCCGCCAAACGGGUGGUAAAUGCGUGUUUAAGUUGCUCGUGUUUGAAGUAGUGGUAAUUAAGUUUCUGUUUUUGUUUCACUUAUCAAACAAAAAAAAAGUUACUUUUUUGGUUUCAUUUUGGAACCACUUUUCUUGCUUCUAAGAGCCAUAAAGAUUUUUGCUCUUUGAGGCCUCAAACUGCUUAUGAAAUACCAAGGGAUUGAAAUUAGUUUAGGUAGAGUGUGGAGGUUAGCUUUGUAGAAUGAGGUGGAGAACUCUUCAAUGGCUAAGACCAGCUCCAAUUAUAGCAAAUUUCAAACGGUUUGUAUCUCUCUAUAUGUGUGCUUGUAGCCCGGAAUAUCAUCACCCCGUGUUGAAGAACAAUUUUUGUACAGUCCUGGGCAAUUUCUGUUGAAGAAGGCUUUGUUGGUGUUUUGAAGCUUUGCCAAUUUCUGUGAAUAACUUGGGCAUGGCUGUGGGUGAUGAUGCUAUGAUUGAAGGUUCGGUUUCUUCUCUUCUUCUCAAUUCCUUGGAGUCCAGCCAAGAUGCAGGUUCACUUUCUCCUGAAGACGUGGCCUGGGUUGACUCCUGCCUGAUUAAAGAUCCUGAAGUUUCCGAUAGUGACUGGAAUUCAUUGAAAGAUGCCUUACUAGAAAUCCUCAAUGUUCAACCCAAUGCUCUUGGCACUUCUGGAGCUGGAAAUGUUGUUUUUCCAAGCAGAGCAGACAUGGAGAUGCUUCCUUCCAAUGAUGAAGCAGAAAAUGCUCUUCUGCCAACCACAGAUGAUUAUCCCAUUCCUAUAAAUGAAGUGGAAGAAAACUGUGAUGAUAUUCCAGACAACCAAAAAGCUCAUAAUUUCCGAUCCCGAGCUUACUUGGGAAAUGUUUUUCUCCCAAGUUACAACGAGGAGAAUCAGAGAGAAAGCAGAAAUACCGAUUUGAGUUCUUUAGGAGAUGAGAUAGAACCAUCAACUGAUGAUAUCUUCAAGGUCUGGGACUUGGAAAUCCCAGCUGAGGAAGAUGAGCUCAUUCAACAGUUGAACAAGGCCCUCACAGACAUUUCCUCACCAUCUAUACCUGCAUCAUUUGAUGAUUUGGGCAAGUGGAAAGAUUUGAAAGGGGAACUACUUGAUGAUCUCGUUUCCGGCAUUGCAGACUUGUCAUUGGAUAAAAAAACUGCUUAAGAAUAUUGUGUUAGAAUCAGAUAUUAAGAUGUGUUUAGUCAGUUUGCAUAAUUUAAGUUCCACUAACGAAAAGGAUCCACCACGAGUUGCAUUCUGGGGUUAUAAUCUUAUUUCAAUAUCACUCUGGGUUUUAUGUUGA